CAAAAAUUCACCGCCAUGGAAUCCUCUAUCCAGGAGCCGUUCUCCCUUUCUUCCUAUGCGACUUCAAGACGACUGCAAAAGAAAUCUCAAAAGGACGGCAAGUCGUCUGUGUAUGCAUCUCAUACCGCAACAUCUACCAGCUCAGAUGGCUACGUGACCGUGGCUGCUCAAGGAGAUGGUGUACAUAUCCUGGAUGUGUCAACGAUGCACCCUAUUGUCUCACACACUCUGGGGCCCGCAACUUCAUUUUCUUGUCCAUCCAUAUCCUACUGCAGUUUGGAUGGUGCUGGACCCGUCUAUACGACCUACGCGGCAAUCGCGUCGUCUUCCGACUUGUCUAAGGAAGAGGAGCACAGGACAAUAUGGACAUGGAGAGACGAUUCUUCGACGAAUCUGGCUGAAAGCAAAAAGAAAUCUUUUCUGGCAAGUCGGCGAGCAAAUUUCUCUCUCUAUGCCAUUAAUUUGACUCCAAGACAGAUGCCCCAUGAUCUCUCUGGAAUGUACAUCUGCUGUCGUCAGCCCCUUCUUAUCCUCGCCUAUUCGAACAAGGGAGACAUAUCACUGCUAGAUGCCGAUUGCAAAGUCCUACACACGUAUAAUUCGCCCGAACAAGACACCGUUUUGAAAAGCUUUUGCUUCUCCUGUGAAUCUUGUUCGUUCUUGAUGGAUAACACGCGUGCGGUCUCUGUCCUACUCCUUCUAGAAUCUUGCAGUGACAAUACGCGCGUUCGAGCCUUUUUCGUAGGCGAGGAUCGCACUCUCACUAACGUUGGGAGUAGCACUAUCCCAAUACAGGAUAUAUCAGACAUUUCGUGCAGUAUUUCUGGUUAUUUGACGAUUCUCAGCCGUCAUGGAUCGUGGCACUCUUUCCAGAUUGAAGUUUCUUCUACUCUCGAAGUAUCCCCUACCUCCGAAACCAUCAACCUUACGUCCUUGGAUUCCCCCUCCAUCCUCGCCCUCAACUCAUCUCACGUUCUCCUCGCUGGUAUAACCCCAAAUCCAGACAGAAAAAUAGCUCUCCUGCUUUGGGAUCUCAAAUUUUCCGUCCUCCUAGCCUCCCACAGUCUCGCUAUACCUUCCGGCUCAGAGGACAAAACAACCCUUUCUCUCAUUUCCACUUCUUCCGAGGCGCUGUUGAUAGUAUCACCCGGUCCAUCUGAAAAGGCGAAAUCCACAUCAAGGUCAAGCGUGCUGGUAGUUCCAUAUGCAGUUCCUGCGUCGUCGACGAUAGCCAAUGCAAUGGGACGAGCGUCGGCCGCGGCUCCCUGGCUUGCCCAUCGGCCAUCGACGAGCCAAUUUGACACAUCGCAGGAGACGCUUUUGACAGAGAUGCGCUCAGCCAUGGAGCAAGGAAGGCCCCAGAACGCGAGCAUGUCUUUUUCCAAGUGGGAAGAAAAGGCGAAGGGCAACCAGUCUCAGGUGUCUUUCAGCUAUGUCUUCGUGAAAGAGGUUUUGACAGCCGUGUUGCAACCAGAAAAGCCUGCUAACCUCCCAUACUCGUCUGAAGUUGUGAGGCAUUUAUUGGAACGGGGCGUUGUGACUGCCAGUAUGGUCCAGCCUGGCCUUCUGAGUUUGCUCAGACUACGGAAUGACUGGACAUCGAUACUUAUGGCCCUGAAAAAGGUCCCUGAUCUACUAGAGGUCGAAAUUGUCGACUCUCUUCGUUAUAUAAUAGCCCGGCAUCGACAAGAAAAAUCAGAUGCCAUGCAAGUAGACGGUAUCACGCCUCUAAAUGCUGACACCCCUUCAUUACCCCAAUUUCUUAGCUCAUGCGUGCAAUACCCUUGCUCCCCAGCUGCGCUAAGGCUAGCCAUCUGGAGGUGUUUGCCUGAGGCUGAGGACCUCGUAUGCUUACUGGACGUAUUAGACGGGUGGCUGGCGCAGUGGGCGGGCAGGGAUGUUCGCCUGAUGCCAUCCAAAAAAGUAAUUGAAAAGAAUGAAAAGGGCGUGCUGGUUGCGGUCACCGCGGCACAUGAGAAAGGUGCAGAUCUGCCUUCCAUGAAUGAUAUCGUUACGUUCACUCAAGUCAUUUUAGAUUCAUCGCUGCUGACACUUAUACAACAUGCUCCCGCGCAUCGUGUUCUUCGCAAAAUCGGGGCUCGGAUUGAGCCUGAGAUACUGUCUAUUGACGAGACGGAGCAGUUGCGGGUCCCUCUGGAGGCAUUUGUGAAGGCGCAGAGGCGGUUGCUGAAAGCUACUGAGGAGGGUAAAGAGCCGCGUCUUGACUGGAGACAGCGGAGUAAGCUGGCGCAUCAGCAAGCUUCUGCGGCUAUCGGGUUGUACAGAGCCGAGCUGCAUUCCCGGCCAAUUAUCGGUAAUCCAACCUACUCAAUCCUUACCCACUAUGUCAAUUCGUUUAGCGACACUGCUUUCAAAGAUGCCAGUGCGGAUAGAUCAGGGCCGGCUUUAGUUACUCUCCUUCAAGAAGCUGGGUUGUCCUGCCCAAAUUGUGAAAUAGUUCCAGACGAAGUGCAACGCAUACAAUAUUUCGUAAAGCUCUGGUCUGAUACAGGACUUGUCGACCUCAUUAUUACCACUGGCGGGACAGGGUUUGGCGUGCGAGACCGAACACCGGAAGCCAUCGCACCCCUUCUUGAGCGUGAAGCAUCUGGUAUCGUCCAUCUUCUUCUCUCGGCGUCGUUGAAGCAUACCCCACUUGCGGCUCUUUCUCGACCUGUCGCGGGGACGAUCAAGAAUACGCUGGUGGUGACGCUCCCGGGAAGCACCAAGGCAGUCACAGAGAAUAUCGAAGCCCUUUUGCAAGGCGGUGUGCUGAAGCAUGCUAUUGAGCUGAUCAAAGGAGGUACAGGCCAGCAAGUGCAUUCGCGAAUGGGCUCAUCUCACCAACACCAUCACCACCAUCAUGGGCAUAGCAUUCCUCAGCCUCGAACGAACAUCACUCAUGAUCCAUCUGCAUCGGUAUCUACGAGACAUCGCAUAUCUCCCUUUCCUUUGAUAUCUUUCGAAGAUGCCAUGGAUCUGAUCAUGACCACGGUUAAACCCCUUGAAGAGACGGUUCUCCCGGUAACACCAUCUCUAGCAGGAUAUGUAUUAGCCCAGGAUGUCUACGCCUCCCACGAUGUUCCAGCAAUUCCAACAACAAACGUAGAUGGUUACGCCGUCAUCUGCGAUGCCAUCGACGCUAAUGGGACAUACACCGUGACAACACCACAACAGUCAAAAUCCCUUUUGCCUGGAAAGAUAUGCCGCGUCAACACAGGUGCUCCGCUACCUGGAGGUGCAGACGCUGUGAUCAUGGUCGAAGACACUCGGGUAAUAACGACGGACGAAGACGGCGAAGAGGUGGACAUUCAGCUCCUUGCCAAAGUAGACAAGGGUGAAAAUGUUCGAGCAGCUGCGUCAGACGUCAAGAUGGGAGAUUUGGUCCUGCAAAAGGGCGAGUGUAUCAUGAGUCCCGGAGGCGAAAUCGGCACCUUGGCCUUUGUUGGUUGCAAGGAAGUCAGAGUGCGCUGGAAGCCGAUUGUCGGGAUCUUGAGUACGGGGAACGAACUCGUUGAUCUACAAGCGCCAAUUCCUCCCAAUGAUGGCUUGUCUUGGGGAGGAAUAUGGGAUACCAAUAGGCCCUCUCUUCAAGCUGCUCUUCAAGGCCUGGGAUACGAAGUCGUUGACCUGGGCAUAGUUGCCGACGAUAUUCCUGCUCAUGUCAAUGCCAUCAAAAAAGGCCUCGAUAAUGCUGACAUCCUCAUCACCACUGGCGGAACGUCGAUGGGUCCAACAGACUUGCUCAAACCGGUCAUCGAAAGACAUUUCAACGGGACCAUACACUUUGGCCGCGUAACUAUCAAACCCGGAAAACCCACUACUUUUGCUACAAUUCCUUGGAUUGGUGGCGUAGUCAAGCCGGUAUUUGCUCUUCCAGGGAAUCCAUCCUCUGCGCUAGUCACAUUCCACAUCUUCGUUGUGCCUGCGCUACGCAAAUUGGGCGGCUGGCCAGAGAGCAAGUGCCAGCUACCUCGUGCGAAGGUCCAGUUGCAAUCCUCCAUGAAUCUGGAUCCUCGCACGGAGUUCCAUAGAGUUAUGAUACGCGCUGGAGAAGGAGGACUGAAGGCGUUCAGCACGGGCGGCCAAAGGUCCAGUAGGGUGGCGAGUAUGAGUGGCGCAAACGGUCUGGUGGUCCUUCCUCAACGGAAGGCUGGUGGUCCUCAAAGACUUGAAGCAGGGGAAUUGGCCGGCACGGUGCUGAUAGGAGAAUUGCAGGCAGUGUAGGAUAUGAAUGGCAUAUAGAAAAAACGGCAAGUUAUUUGCGAGACUGAGCUCGGAAGGCAAACUUGGACCGAUCAUGUGCAGUGGUACAUGCGUAUGG